UUUUGUCGGUCUGCUGUGGGUUACCUCUGUGUUAAUCGAUGGAGACUGGUAUGUUUGCUGUGAGAUAAAUCAGUCUGAACAACAGAAACAGUUAGCCUGCAAAGACAAAAACAACCUCACAGCUGAGGAACGAACAACCAUCACUGAACUGAAAAACCAUUCAAGGCUUUGGGGUAUGAUUUUACUCUUGUGUAUCGUCGUUGUGGCUGCCGUUGGCUCUUCAAUUGGGCGGAAGAAGAGCUGUGGCCGCCCAUGCUGUACGGAUUCAGAUUGUAGCUACACAAACAUUUUGUAUGAGGAAGUGAAAUUGGACGAAGAGGAAAAUGUGCUGAGAGAGAUUAUGAAAAAAGAAGCAAAAGCAGAGGUGACAGGACCCCUAGAAAACCAUUGGCAGGAAACAACGGGAAGACCCAUACAGGUGGAGGGCAAAUGGCUCCCUCUCCAGGUGUGUCUUUCACCGACAGGAAACCAGGUGGAGGGAGUAUGGAUCCCUCUCCAGGUGUGUCUAUCACCGACAGGAAACCAGACACAGGACCAAACCCCUAGAGCAGACAUGGGACCAAACCCCGGAGCAGACACGGGACCAGACCCGGGAGCAGACACGGGACCAGACCCCGCAGCAGACACGGGACCAGACCCCGCAGCAGACACGGGACCAGACCCCGGAGCAGACACGGGACCAGACCCCGGAGCAGACACGGGACCAGACCCCGCAGCAGACACGGGACCAGACCCCGGAGCAGACACGGGACCAGACCCCGCAGCAGACACGGGACCAGACCCCGCAGCAGACACGGGACCAGACCCCGCAGCAGACACGGGACCAGACCCCGCAGCAGACACGGAACCAGACGCGAGCAGACACGGGACCAGACCCCGCAGCAGACACGGGACCAGACCCCGGAGCAGACAAGGGACCAGACCCCGCAGCAGACACGGGACCAGACCCCGGAGCAGACACGGGACCAGACCCCGAGCAGACGACACGGGACCAGACCCCUCAGCAGACACGGGACCAGACCCCGCGAACCACACGGGACCAGACCCCGGAGCAGACACGGGACCAGACCCCGCAGCAGACACGGGACCAGACCCCGCAGCAGACACGGGACCAGACCCCGCAGCAGACACGGGACCAGACCCCGCAGCAGACACAGCACUGACCCGUUUCGCAGGCGACCAGUUUUAG